UUUUAUACAACUACAUACUGAGCUUGGAUACAGUUGAUAAGUUCAAACAUGUAACUGUACAACAUAAAAAUAAAAGACGCAUGCUUCACAUUUAUGUUUGCAGAAAUUGAAGGUUCUCUUGAAUCUGUAAAAAUUACAUAAAAAAAAGGAUAAUUUCGAAACAAAAAUCGAGAAAUCGUUCGACGCGAUUUGAUAGCGAUACCGUUUCUUUAACGAAUAAAGGAUCGUAGGAAGGAAAGGAUCAUUAUUCUUGAGUUUACGAUAGCAUAGUAAAGACCUUGUGUUAUUAAGUAAAGCAACGGUGUUGUAUCGAAGGUAAAAUAAUGAAGAAGCGGAGACCGUGGAAUACAUCUCGUUCUUCGGCAGAUUCACCGUCGUCUCUUCGUACUCGCGAACUCGAUGGUUUACCUGUUAAAAUCAAAAGUUUUCACGAUUUGAAGCGUUUGAAACGAGAUAGCCCGAAAUUGCACAAAAAGAAUGCGGAAUUCAAGGAACCUUCAUUGAAGAGAGAUGCGUUUGGAUCGUUAGAAUCUUUGUUCGAUUUGAAAAAACCUUUAAAUUUACCGGAUGUAUGCUCGUUGACGAUCAAGCAUCAUCAAGAGGGUCACAUAGUACCUUUUAAAUCAAAAAAUCCCAAGAAUUCUAAGACUCUCUUAAAAUUGCUGUCUCUGCAACAAGUGGAGCUUGAACCGCACAUUCUUGAACGGACUUACGAGAUAGAUGAUUUUAACAGUACAUCGCAGGAAAUUAAGCAAGAAUCGAAUUUUGAAACAUUGAAAACAUUAAAAGACACUGAAAAUUUUGAUCAAGAAGACAAAGAAUCAGAAAAAAAAAUGGCUGAGGAAGAUGUAAAAAUACAAGAAGUUCCUGACGAAAAUGUCGAAGAAGAUGUUCAAGAAGUCGAAGAAGAUAUUCAAGAAAUAGAAGAUGUUCAAGAAGAAUUUGAAGAAGUUGAAGAACCACCAAAAGAGAAAGAAGAAAUAGAAGAAUUAGAAGAGCGACCUCCAUCAUAUCCGCUUCCUCCUGGUGUUGGCGAAGGUGCGCCUAUUAAACCUGGUGGACGAAAUGAAUCGAUAUUGAGUUCAUCUCCUUUGACUGAUAGCGCUGUGAUGAUGGAAAUGAAGAGAGCAGACGAUCGUUGCCUUGUGCUUGCAAAAGAAAUUGAGCAGCUGAAGCAAGAAAUAGCUACGCUCACAAUUAAAAAAGAUUUAACCGAUGAAGAUACGUUAAUAAUACAUGAGAAGCAGGACGAAGUGAUGAAAAAGCUGACAGAAUUCGAACAGAUAACGCGGAAGCUGCAACGACUAUUAGGUUUGUCCGACAUCUCGAGCACUACUUUUGCCAAGAUGUUUGAUAUGCACCCCGUUAUGAAACCCACUGCCAUCAUUGCCGAGGAGGAAGAAUUUGAAAUAAUAAAAGAAAAAGUAGAUAUGAUAGAUAAAAAGACGGAUGUAGAAAUAGAGAAGCUUAGAGAACGUUUCGACUUGCCUCAGAUAGAGUACCCAGAAGACAAACUUCCAAGAGUAAUUGUUUGCGGAAAUACGGAAGAUGAAAUUCCAAAAAUUGUUGUGGCAGACAGUAAAAAGAAAGGAAAAGAUAGAUGUCUUCAGAGUUUGACGGGAAAGUUAACAGAAUCGUUGACCAUGCAGGAAAAAUUAGUAUUAGAAAAUGCACAGCUUGAAGGUGGCAAAUACAAAUUGGAAGAAGCAUUGCUAGAAAAAGAUACCGCCGUUGAGAGUCUUCAGAGGAAGGUAUGCGGGUUACAGGCUGAAAUGAGAAUAGUCGUGAAGGAAAAUGUGGAACUGACACGUCAAUUAGCUUGCUUGAAUCAACGAAUCACUAGUCCUUGUUGUUACACACCUUGUUGUCCAGGUGGAAUUUCGUCCGAAGUAUCAAGUCCGUCUCCUCUACGUUCAAUUUCGUACACCAAUACGUUACAGCAAGACGACGAUUAUUGUCGAUGCAAGUGUUGCGUCCAACCUCAAAUAGCUGAUACUUUGUCACCAGACGCAAAUACCGUAUGCGUGAGACUGAGUCAUACGUAUUUACCUAGCGGAGAUUCACCAAGGCUCGCGGGUGGCGCGUCAAUAACAGGUGUUUGCGUUACAAGUGGUGCUUCUUCUCAAAUCGACAUGUGUUGCCGAAGUCCCGCUACAGUUAAAACACCAUGUACAGGACCACCACCUCCUCCAAGGGGAACUUGUCCUGCAGAAAUAGAGAAUAAACUUGCGGCUUAUGGGAACAGUACCAAACAGCUAGAGCAACAAUUGGGUAGCAUGGAAUGCGAAGUACGGAAUAUGCAAAUAGAGCUUGCUAAUGUUCAACGAGAACGUCAACAAUUGGAACAACAACGAAAGUUAUUGAAAUGUACUGGUCCUUGUGCACCUUGUGGUUGCUGUCCUCCUUCACCUUUGACUCUUCAGACACCAAACGGAUCUCCUGCAUACGCACCUCCUGUACCAGUUGUACAGCCGCCUUCUAUACCUCUUCCUAAGAUACCGCCUGCUCCUUCUGCAACCUGUACUGGUCCUUGCGUAAAUGCUCCUAUGGGCGCUAGCACAUGUCCUCAGCAACAGUUACGUGACCUACGCGAACAAUAUGCACGUCUACAAGAUGAUUACAAAAACAAAUUAUGCGAGGUUUCGUGUUUAAGAACAGAUGCUGAUAAACUGAAACAACAAACACGUGAAACUAUUGAAGAGAAAGAAAAAUUAGAAAUUAAACUUGUAGAUGUUCAAGAACGUUUGAAGGCGAUGGAAGCUGAAAAAGAAAAAUACGAAGGUUUUAAGGAGCAAAUGGUCGAGCAAGAGCAAGCGUUGAUCGUCUUUAAGCAACGUUUUCGAGAAGCUCAAGACGAGCUUGAAGAAUUGCGAUCCUUGAUUCAGGACCAAGCUGCUCAGUUGGAGGAUUAUCGAAAUAAAUACUUACAGGCGCAACAACAAGUAGAAGAACAACGGCGACAACUUGAUCUUAUGGAGAUGGACAAUGCACGGAUGAACGAAAAUGUUACCUUAGAAAUUGGCAGAGUAAAAAAUCAGUUCCAAGAAAAACUAGCAGAACUUGCUCCCUUGCCGGACAUUCUGAAACAGACACAAGUGAAAUUACAGGAAGCGCAACAAAUGCGUUUGGUUGCAGAACGUAACUGCGAAGAUCUCUCGCGGGAAGUCAUAGGUUGUAAAGAUAAAAUUCAAACUCUGCAAAAUCAAUUGGACGUUUUGCGUCAAGAGCACCAAGCAAUGCAGGAUGAAAGAGGCCAUGGGUCGGGACGAUUCGAUGAAUUAGAAAGAAAAAAUACCGAACUACGACAUGAGAACGAACGUAUGAAAAAUACGCUUGCAAGAUUUGAAGAGCACGAUGCACAACUACAGAAACGCAUCGAUGAAAAAAUGCACGAAGUCACACAAUUGACAGCAAUGCUCGAACAAGUACGAGAGGAUUCUGCGAGACAAGUGGCAAGAACGAAAGAAAGAUGUGAAACUAUGAGGAGAUCUAUGCAAGGCCAAAUUGCAGAAAUGGAACGACAAUUAGCUCAAUGCAGAGCUACUGCAAGAGCUGCACAAAAAGAUAGAGACGAAAUUAGACAGAAAAUGCAAGGUCAGAUAAACAAUUUAAAUGAGGCAUUUGAACAGGCUCAAGGUCGGAUAAGAUCAUUGCAAGGUCACGUAAAUUAUUUGAAAACAUCUUACAGCAACAUUUUUAAGGGACAAGGAGAGGUGCCACCUGGUGUUUUACCCGGAGAGACUGGAUUCGAUUCCUGCGACUGCAAUUAUUAAAAUAGGAAAUUAAUCAGUAUUUUAUUGAUAUAGAAUUGAAAUUUUAACGAGUUAAAUAUUAUCUUACUGAAUUGUUUAAAUUACGUGUGAAAUAUCUUCCUUAGACCGUAACAAAAAUUUUCCAGUUCAUGUACGUAAAUAUAU